AUGUCCAUCUCAUUCAUCCGAGUCUCUUUGCUUCAUCAAGACAAUAGGUGGUAUAUAGCCUUCAUAAAAAUGUCAACUGCGGAGUCCACCUCCCCGGAUCGCGUGGAAGAAAACCGUAAAAAGCUCCAAGAAAAAUAUCUCAGAAUUGUCUCCCCCAUGCCUAGGCUUCACUGCUGCUGUGCAGUGAUCAUCGUCCUCACCGUAGCUGUGGUUGCACUUUCUGUGACUUUGUCAUUGUCAGUAGGAAAGACAGAUCAGAUCUCACGCAACAAUAUCUAUGCUGUUUGCCCAAGAAAUUGGAUUGGAUUUGGAAAUAAAUGUUUUGAUUUUUCUGAAGACAUGGAAAACUGGACAUCCAGCCAGAACUACUGCAGGGCAUUAGGGGCCCAACUAGCUCGAUUUGACAGUCAAGAGGAGCUGAAUUUCCUGAAGAGAUACAAAGGAUCUUCUGAUCACUGGAUCGGCCUACACAGAGGGUCAUCAGAGCAGCCUUGGAUGUGGACAGACAACACUGAAUAUAACAACUUGGUUUCUACCCGAGGAGAAGGACAACAUGCCUACCUGAGUGACAGAGGAAUCAGCAGUGGCAGGAACAACAUACAUAGGAAGUGGAUUUGUAGCAUGUCCAACAUUUAUAUUUUACAGUGUCCAGAAGUUUCACAGCUUGUGUAGAGAGUGUGUCAAAGUCAUCACGAGAGAUCUGGAUCAUGUUAUCUACAGUUACAGCUUCAUUUAUUUAUCUUAUAAAAUGUUGUAGGAAGAGCGGGCUGCGUCCCACCACCUGGCUAGCUUAACCUCCAAAAUAACUACACAGAAAUUUUAUUAAUUAAAUUACUGCUUGGCCCAUAA